UGCUCCCUGCUUGGUCAAUUAAACACCAUCACCGCCGCCGCCGCCUCCAGCACACAACACCGAUAUCCCAAAUCUCACCCACACACACACACGCACACGCAGACCACGAUGGCCCGAGCCAAAGAGGCGGCGGCUGACGCCCGCAGCCGCGUCGCGGACGAAGUCGCAGCAGCAGCCGCAUCCGCGCACACGGCACUCUCCGGCCCCGCCGACAAGCUGGCCUCGCUGUCGUCCUCGACGUCAUCUUCUGUGAACGCCCGGGCCACCGCCCGCCUGCCCGGUCCUGUGCGGUUCGCGCUGGCGGUGGUCUUGAACUUUGCGCUGACGGCGCUGGGCCGGUCGUUCGUCGACCAUUGGAGCGAGAACGAGGUGGGAGCCGUGAUGAGGGAGGGGAAUUCGAGGGCUGAGUUGGCGGGGUUGGUGACGUGGAGAGUGUUUGGACUCGCUCUCGGCUGGUUUGGCGACUACGAUGGCUACGAUCUCGCAGCCUUGUCUCUCCUCUCGCAUGGUCCCGCGACCCUCCUCCUCUCCGUCUUCUACGGGGUCCGUGCCCUGACCGCAGGAGCUUACCUCGCCGUCGACGUGGUGUCGGCGUUCUUGCCCUUCGUCCUGCUGCGCCGGCUAUCUGGUGCCCACUCAGCCGCUCCCGGCAUUCCGAACCGCGAGAUCGUGGUCGACAGAGGGAUCCAAGUGCUCACCUCGCUCCAUUCAGCACUGGUUUACAGCGUGGUUCUGUUUCUGGCAAACCGGUUCCUCCUGCCCAGCACCCUGGUCUUGUAUUUCGAAGGCAUCCCUACCAUCAAGCCUGCGGAAGAUGCCGGCUUUCUCGGGUUCGGCAGUCCAACAACUCAGCUGCUCAGCCUGCUGUUCGGGCAGGCUGCGCGGACUUUCAUCUUUACGCCGCUCGUCACUACGCCGCGGACGUCUGAGGACCAGGCGAACGCUGAGUUUGAUCCCGUCAACGCCACGCUCGCGCAGACGGUAGCGUGGAAUUUGUGGGGAUACACCACCCGCACCAAGGUGUCCCUUACCCGGACAGCGGUGGCCAUGCUGUUCACCGCGGUCGGCACAUACCUGGACACUGCGCUGGCGAUCAAGGGCGUUGAGCCAUACGGUGCGGCGGUCUACGCCAGCGUAUGGGUCAUCGCGGCCCUUGUGACCGGGCUCUCGCUCAGAUACGUCGGAAGCAUAUAAGUUGGCAUGGCCAGUUGCGUGUUCGAAAUGCCGGAUGACGUGCCCAGGAGAAGGCUGUAUACCCGGAGUCGAGGCAACAGGACGUCAAUCAUCUUCCGAAUGACUCGUGGGUUAGGCUGCAGACCAGGAUCCAG